AUGGUCGAAAAAGCUGGGGCGAAUCACGAUCUCCGAAUUUUGGCAAAAAUUUACCCCGAAGUAUACCGCGAUGAUGCUUCCAACGCUUCCUCGUUGUCUCCACCUCCGAACAGAAAAAGCGUCAAACACAAUCAUCAGCGAAGAACGCGAGUGAACAAACGCGCUAGCAGGAAAUGUUCUCUUCUUUUUUCAACUAAAUCAGUUGAAAUAAUCAAAGCAAGAGAGAACGCGGGGAAAAGUGUUUUGUCGAAGAAACCAUACGCGCUGUCAGAUCUCGGGGACGCCGGAUACGCCGAGGAUAUCCUCCAAGACAUCGAAAACGAGCAAACUGGAGGGGGCCUUGACGAAAUCAACGGAAUGGACUUUAACGCAGUUCAGCAACUAGACGACGAGGUCGACAUUGUCAUGAACGAAAUCAACAUGAACGAAAGCAACAACAGCGCUUUUGGACUGUUUGAAGAAGACGACGAGUUCUGUAAUGACUUUUGUAGAUAUCGAGUGUAG